AUGCUAGAAGCCUUUAAUGCAGCUUUCAUAGAGACAGAAUAUUGUUAUCCUGAAUCAAAUGCAUCUUGUGUGAAAAAUUCCUACCAUGUGGGGACUCAGACUGUCUUAUAUUUUUUGCUGGCGUUGGCGAUGGCUGUUACAAUUUUAGGAAACUUUGUGGUGAUCAUCUCUAUAGCUCAUUUUAAACAACUUCACACACCUACUAACAUUUUGGUGAUGUCUCUGGCUCUGGUGGAUCUACUUAUGGGACUCAUUGUCAUGCCGUUUGCUAUGAUCAGAUCUGUGAAUGGUUGCUGGUACUACGGCAAAAGCUUCUGCUUUGUGCACUUGACUUUUGACAUGUUCCUCACCUGUGCUUCAAUCUUUCAUCUGAUUUGUAUCGCUACAGACCGGUACGAAGCCGUGUGCCGUCCGCUUCAGUACCCAACAACAAUCACGAUAGCUGUUGCUUUGCUCAUGGCAGCUCUGAGUUGGACCAUUUCAGCGGUGUAUUCGCUCAGUGUCAUGCUUUCCAGGACAAAUGAUCUUAUUUCAUCUUCUAGUUGUUUGGGAAACUGUAGCUUUCUGAUUAAUGCACUGUGGGCUGUUUUGAGUUCACUUUUAGCCUACGUGUUGCCGUGCUGUGUAAUGAUCUUGCUGUAUGCUAAAAUAUUUUUUAUUUCCAGAAAGCAUGCAAGAAAAAUGGAAGCAGCGGCACAGACUAGAACCAACAUGAUCUUACACAAGAUCUCUCAAAAGGUGAAACAUGAGAACAAAGCAGCGAGAACGCUUGGUAUUGUUGUUGGGGCAUUUAAUUUAUGCUGGAUGCCGUGUUUUCUGACAUCGGUUGUUGAUUCUUUAUUUAACUUCUCCACCCCUCCGGUUGUUUAUGAUGUGUUUGUAUGGUUAGGUUACAUCAAUUCCACCCUGAACCCCAUCAUAUACGGCCUCUUUUAUCCAUGGUUCAGAAAAACACUGUACCUCAUUGUUACUUUGAAAAUCUUUGCUCCGAAUUCAUCUAAUGUAAAAGUUUAUGCUGCUUGA